GGGUGCGCUAUGAGACGCCAUCGGGUCUGUACGAUCCCGAGCUGAAUCCAGAAGGGCUAAUUACGUUGACGAUGGCCGAGAACUGCCUGAUGAAUGAGGAGCUUAUCGAGUAUGUAAAUAAGAGUGUCAAGAUCCACGUCAAUCAUCUCAAGUACCGCCAAACCUUGACGCGUACCUCGCUUCGCACCACGGAGGAUGCGCUCCCGGAAUACAUCAACGCCACCUUUCAUCCACUAAAAAACGUCUCUAAAGAGCACGUCGCAAUUGGUCCUGGUAUUGGCGCCGUAAUCUCGGAAUUUUUCUGGCAUACAUGCGAGGACGGGGAUGGCGUGCUGAUCGUAGCGCCAUGCUAUGGCGCAUUCGACCGCGAUGCCAGACAUCCCGGCAAGGCAGACCUCAUUCAGGUCGUCACUCCACCCGAGGUCGACCCGCUGUCUUUGGAAUCAAUCCCAUUCUUCGUCAAUGCACUCGAGAAGUUCAACGAGCGACACCAAGAAGGCGGACAGCAGGCGCUCAUAGCGUUUGCCGAGUUUGCCCAAAAAUACGACCUGCAUCUCCUCGUUGAUGAAGUAUACGGCAACCAAGUCUACCCUUCCUCAGUUGUCCCCGUCCCACCACCCUUCGUCUCCGUGCUCUCUCUUGACCUCGCUCAUCUCGCAGGCUGCAAUCCCGAACGUGUACACGUGCUCACCGGCCCCGGGAAAGACUUCGGCGCCUCGGGGUGGAAAUGCGGAGCUAUAAUCUCGCAGGCAAAUCGGCCGCUGGUGAACGCGCUGAACGCUGCGCUUAUCUUCAAGCCGGUGUCGACGCUCUCGGAGGCAGCCUUCACGACGAUAUUAAGCGACCGUGCGUUCUGGGAGCCGUUCCUGGCUGAAAAUAAAAGACGAGUGAGCGCUGCGCUGGAGAAGGUCGUCGAAUGGUGUCGGUUCCACUCGAUACCCUUUGCCCCUUCGUAUGCUGGUCAGUUCAUGGUACUGGACCUUGCGCAUAUAGUGGAGAAGUUCGAUGGCGAUGAUGUUGAAGCAAAGAAGGAUGCCGCUGUUGAAGCUAUGAGAAAGGCUGGAGUGUGGAUGACGCCCACAGGAAAAGACCAAUACCCAGCCCGUUUCCGAAUAGUGUUCGUGUUACCUCCAGAUACGCUGCAGGUUGGUCGAAUAUUCCCAUAG